UCCUUUAUCCGUAGACGUGCAAGUACAUAUUAUCUCCGGCGACCCAGUGUUUCUAAUGCUAAAUUAAAUUUCCCUCUGCUAGAUUUUCCCCUCAAUCAAAUUACACUAUUACAGUGUUCGGAGACAAUUUGGGGAAACUCAUCAUUCAAUUGAAGAUUGUCUCUCUUGUCUUGCAAAUUGGGGAAAAUAAUCAUUCAAUUGAAAAUUAUCUAUCUUGUCUUGCAAAUUGGGGGAAAUCAUCAUUUAUCGGUCUGAUGCGUUGCCAAAUUUACUGAAUAACAUAAGAAACAAUGAGCGGAAACGAGUUCAGAUUCUUCCUGUCUUGCGAUAUCAACCUCCCUGUUACUUUCCGAAUUGAUCGUUUGGAGGGCACUUUGCCCCAUCUCAAAUCUCCUAUUUCAGCUGCUGUAGACACUGGUUAUGCUGCAGAUGAGAGGAGGGGGGAACUUUAUGUUGAAUGCGCCUUGUACGUCGAUGGUGCUUCUUUUGGACUACCUAUGAGAACCAGGCUGGAAUCUGGUCAGUCUUUUUGCUGGAGUGAGCUUAUUACACUGAGUACCAAAUAUCGGGAUCUCACUGCACACUCACAACUUUCUUUUACGGUAUGGGAUGUUUCCUGCUGCAAAGAGGAAGGGCUUAUUGGUGGAGCAACAAUUCUUCUUUUUAACAGCAAGAAGCAACUUAGAACGGGAAAGCAAAAACUUAGGCUGUGGCUGGGGAAAGAAGCUGAUGGAGCAUUUCCUUCUUCCACACCUGGAAAGGUCCCUAGGCAUGAACGGGGGGAGUUGGAGCGUCUAGAGAAGCUUAUGAAUAAAUACGAAAGAGGACAAAUUCCACGCGUUGAUUGGCUAGAUCGGCUCACAUUUAAAGCAAUGGAGAAGAUUAAAGAUCGUGAAAGUUGUGGUACCAGGAGUUCCCAAUUAUAUGUUGUUGUUGAUUUUUGCAGUUUCGAGCAUCAGGUUGUCUUCCAGGAAUCUGGGCCAAACGUUUUCUUACCAUCUCCAAUUGGUGCAAAUGAACUUGUUACUGUGUGGGAUCCAGAAGUUGGGAAGAUAAAUCCUUCAGAGCACAAACAAAUAAAACUUGCUAGGAGCUUAACUCGUGGAAUCAUUGAUCGAGAUCUGAAACCAAGUUCCAAUGAAAGGAAAGCGAUACAAAGGAUAUUAAAGCACCCACCAACAAGGACUUUAAGUGGAGAUGAAAAGCAGCUUCUGUGGAAAUUUCGAUUCUCAUUGAUGUCCGAGAAGAAAGCUCUCACCAAGUUUCUUCGGUGUGUUGAAUGGAGUGAUGUACAGGAAGCGAAGCAGACAACUGAACUGAUGGGAAGAUGGGAGACCAUUGAUGUUUGUGAUGCACUGGAGCUGUUAUCUCCUGUAUUUGAAAGUGAAGAGGUUCGUGCAUAUGCUGUAAGUGUUCUUGAAAGAGCUGAUGAUGAUGAACUACAGUGUUAUCUUCUUCAGUUAGUCCAGGCCCUUCGAUUUGAGCGCUCUGAUAGAUCGCGCCUUUCUCAUUUCCUUGUGCAGCGCUCCUUGCGAAAUAUUGAAUUGGCCAGUUUUCUUCGUUGGUAUGUCGCUGUGGAACUUCACGAUCCUGCGUAUGCAAAGCGCUUUUAUUGUACUUACGAAAUGCUGGAAGAGAAUAUGUUGAAGCUAUCAGCUGAUGACACUGGAGAUGAGGAUGGAUUCAAGUUAUGGCAAAGUUUAGUUCGUGAAACCGAACUGACAGCUCAGUUGUGUUCUAUAAUGAGGGAUGUUCGUAACGUGCGUGGUAGUACGCAAAAGAAAAUGCAAAAGCUUAGACAACUUCUUUCAGGUCUUCUUAGUGAGCUUACCUAUUUUGAGGAGCCAAUACGAUCCCCGUUGCAUCCAAAAGUGCUCAUUACUGGGAUUGUUCCAAAUGAGUGUGGAUUAUUUAAAAGCGCGUUGCACCCUUUACGCCUGACUUUCCGUACUUCUAGUGGAGAAAGUUGUAAGAUUAUAUUUAAGAAGGGAGAUGAUAUGCGGCAAGACCAAUUGGUAAUUCAAAUGGUCUCUCUGAUGGAUCGGUUGCUUAAGUUGGAGAAUCUUGACCUCCAUCUUACUCCAUACAGAGUCUUGGCAACUGGGCAAGAUGAAGGCAUGAUGGAAUUUAUACCAUCGCGUUCUUUAGCUCAGAUUCUUUCAGAACAUCGCACUAUCAUUGGUUUUCUUCAGAAAUUCCACCCUGACGAGGAUGGACCAUUUGGAAUAACUGCUACCUGUCUUGAAACAUUUAUUAAGAGCUGUGCUGGUUAUUCGGUUAUCACAUACAUCCUGGGUGUCGGAGAUAGGCAUCUAGACAACCUUCUCUUGAGGGAUGAUGGACGAUUGUUUCAUGUAGAUUUUGGCUUCAUAUUGGGUCGAGACCCUAAACCAUUUCCACCACCAAUGAAACUUUGUAAAGAGAUGGUUGAGGCUAUGGGUGGAGCUGAAAGCCAAUAUUACACAAGAUUCAAGCAAUAUUGUUGUGAAGCGUACAAUAUUCUUCGCAAAUCCAGCAACUUAAUUUUAAAUUUGUUCCAUUUGAUGGCGGGUUCUAACAUUCCUGACAUUGCUUCAGAUCCUGAAAAGGGUAUUUUGAAGCUGCAAGAGAAGUUCCGGUUGGACCUGGAUGAUGAAGCCAGCAUACACUUUUUUCAAGAUCUCAUCAAUGACAGUGUUAGUGCCUUGUUCCCACAAAUGGUUGAGACGAUUCAUAGAUGGGCUCAGUAUUGGCGUUGAUCUGUAUAUUAACGGGGCCCUAACAACAUCGAUGCAGAGUCUAGGUACAUAUAAUCAAGCUCGGAUGUGGAUCAAGGCAAAGCAACGGAAGCGAUAUAGUAAAGCAAAUCAACGGAAUUUGAUAUGCUAAUGCUGAAAUGUAAUAUUUACCUGGGAAGUAUUUCUGUUGUUGAAUAUGGGCCAAAUCAGGUGUAGUGAAAUAAGCCUAUUAAAUGAGAUAAAUACUUCCUAUAUCCUUUUAGCAUUAGCAUAUCAAAUGCUGAAAUGUAUAUCUUAGGUACAUAUAAUCAAGCUCGGAUGUGGACCAAGGCAAAGCAACGGAAGCGAUAUAGUAAAGCAAAUCAACGGAAUUUGAUAUGCUAAUGCUGAAAUGUAAUAUUUACCUGGGAAGUAUUUCUGUUGUUGAAGAUGUCAGGUUUUUGAGAAUAUUGUCUCACAUUUCCUUUUUGGAAAAAUUGACAAAGGCAGUCCAAACUAUAAGCGUUCGUCAUCAAAAGAAGGGUCUAACUAUGGAUUAUUACUGGCAGGUCCCAACUUUGAGGGGUGUUUAAACGGGCUUUUUGACUUAUAACCUGCUAAACAAGUUUUUUUUUUUUUUCCUAGCCACAUGGCACAACAUCAUUGGGUGUUUGAUUUUAAAUAAAUAAUAAUUGAAAUUUUUAUUUUACCUCCUCCCUCCCUCAACCGACAACAACCUUCUACCACCCUAACUGUCAACCCCAACCCCAGCCGUCGACCCCAACCUAGCCGCCAACCCUAACCCCAACAAUGCCGACAGAAUCACCCCCCGACUGUCAAUUGCCUCCCCUCGUUGUCUGGCCGCAGCUGGAAAACACCCGAACCCCCACCUAACUUAAUCGCUUGUUUUUUUCUAGGCAGGGGAUGGGGGUCGGUGGAGGGGUUUUAUGAUGGCGUGGCGUGGCAGUAGUGGUGGUGGUGCAGCAGCGAACUAGGGGGAGGGGAAGAGAGAGUGUUGCGUGGGAAGAGGGGAAAUGAGGGACACGAGAGAGGGAGGAGGCAGGCAGGACGGAGGCCGGGCUCCGGCGAGCCGGCGGCAGGGAGGCAAGAAGUGGCGGUUUCAGGGGCGGGGAGGGGUGGCCGGGAGCGAGAGGAGGCAACGAGGGUGGGGGAGGGGGUGACGGACCAGGGGAUGAGGUUUCUAGGGCUGGGAGGGGGUGGCAGUGCAGGGGAGAGGGUGGCGAGGGUGGCAAGGGUGGUGGUUUUAGUGGUUUACCUGUUGUAGCAGGUUAGGUGACCUGCUAGGACCGUUUUUGUAAAACACACCCCCAAAGUUGGGACCUGCCAGUAAUAAUCCAUAGUUUGACCCUUUUAAAAACGAACGUUCAUUGUUAGGACCGCCCUUAUCAAUUUUUCCUUUCCUUUUUUUCAUCAAAGAGGGAGUUGGGUGGUGAGGGAAGAUAGACGACAGUGGAUGCACCCCGUACCGCGGUGGCUGUAUUAUGUUCUGGUACUUGUGGCGGGUGGUGCUGGUUUGUUCAAUAUAACAACUGGGGAUGCCAUUUUUUAUAUUAUUAUUAUUCUCUUUAUUAUUGUUAUGACUUCCAUCCAAAAUGAGGGACCUAAUUAACUCCAACUUUAGCAACGGUUUAGAGACUGGUUGUGGCCUCUUAACUCUACUGUUAGUACUACACCUCCCAUUCCCCUUUGGUAAUAUCAUCGGCAUACUUUUCUGUAGGUGUCCCUGCAUUUCUUGCAGAUUGGUACUUUCUACAAUCUCCAUGUUCAACCGCUGGCGUGAGUUUUUCAUGCCUUUAUAGACAUCAGAAACAUUGCGAGAUCUUUAUAUGUUCCUCUUACAGAGUACUUCAUAUGGUAGAUGGGAUGCAGAAUUGUUGAGGCAAUGAAGGGAGGCAAAGUUGUACAUAAUUGUGUAUUACAGCAGGUGUUUUAAUUCUCAUUUUUUUUUUUGCACUCCCUUUUCCUUUGCUUGUUCAACAUUGUACAGUGUAGCAUAGCUGAUUAGUUUGCUAAUGAGUACUUUUUAGGUGUAAAAAAUAGAUCUUUGGUCACUUCCUUGUAAAGCUAAUGAAAGUACCAUUUCAAUUUU